CGAGUUCGAGAUUUUUCGAGAUUUAUAUAUAUCGAAAGAUUAAAUUAUCUUACUAUUCAUGUAUGUUAAGAGUUAUAUGUAUAUUUUAGAUAUACUAUUAUCGUUACUAUUUAGUUUGCUUUCUUUUUAAAACCAGGAAUAAUGCAUAAUUGUAAUUGAUAUGUAUUAAUUUAUAUAAUACCUUUGAUAUUCCUAAUAACAUGGCUGAUCCAACGAUACAGACUUUUUGUUGUCGCCAUACGAAUAAAACCGAUAUGGCUGUUAAAAUAAUGGAAGAAUUUAAUACAGAUGUUUAUAAUAUAGUGUGCAUGCUUUCUUCGACAAUGGGAAUACUUGGAGCUGUUUAUCAAGUGUUACCUCGUGAGACAUCAAAUCUUCCUCAUCGAUGGAAUAGUUUUUCGGCAUCGAGAGGACGCGAGAUUAUUGUAUGGCUCGCAAUUGCCGAUUUAUUUGCUUCUUUAGGUAUAUUUAUAAGAUCAGCAUUAUGGAUAAACUUUAAAUCUAUUAUGCCAAUGGAAAAUGAUACUUCCAGUGUUAUAUUUUGUGCUCUUUCUUCGGCAUGGACACAAUAUUUUUACAUGGCUACAUGGAUUUGGACAUUGUGUUAUGCUGUGGAUAUGAAAUUAUUACUUAGUGAUCGAUCUGGUCAUCCUAUUUGUUAUCAUAUAUUUGCAUGGAUUUGUCCUGCUUUCUUAACAAUUUUUGGUUUGUCAAUAUUAUAUGUUCCAGAUGCAAACUGUCAUAACCUGACAUCAUUGUCCAUUGCAAUAUUACGUAUUCUUCCAAAUUAUUGUACAACAUACGUCCUACUGGCAAUUGUUAUGAUAAUAAAUCCACUUCUUUAUAUUGCUUCAACUCGUGAUCUCAAAACAGCUGUUUCAUAUAGUUUGGCACAAAUGACAGGACGAGAACGAAAAUUAGUUCAAACUAUCAGACUUAAAUUUGCAUUAAUUAAUCUUGUUUAUUAUAUAUGUUGGGUACCAAAUCUAAUCAAUGGUGUCUUAUUGUGGACACUAUGGUUCCAGUUACCUGUUAAAGCUAUUAUUACUUUGUGGUAUAUGAUGGCAGUAACAAAUCCACUUCAAGCAUUUUUAAAUGCAUUGGUUUAUCAGAGAUGGGGCAGAAAAGAAAAAUUCCGAUUAGAAUGGUGUCAAAAAUUAGGAAGCUUCAGUUUAAAUCAAAUUUCUAAAGGGAAUACAGAUAUAAAUUUAACUGAAUCAUCUCCUCUGUUAAAUCAAUAUGCUUGUACACCUCAUACAAGUAUAAAUGGAUCUUCAUCAUUAUGAAAACUGUGAUACUUUUAGUGUAUUGUUAGAAGUAUAGAACAGUUAUGAUAAAAUUACACAUUUUUAUAUACAGUACAUAUUAUAAUAUUGAGAUUAAGGGUUCGUAUUUAUUUGAUUUUAAUCUUCUUAAAACAUGUUUAAAACUUAUAAAAAUAUAAUAAUACUGCCAGAUAAUUAUUACGAUGAAAUAUUAUAGACUACAUUUAAUUAUUUUAUUAGGACAACUUUUAUAGACUAAAGAUUUAUAGAAAUUUUAUAGAACUACUUUUAUAAAAUUGUUAAUUUAUAAAUGCGCUACUUAUAUACUUACAUGUUAUUGAAAUCGUUGAUGUUAACUUUUUAUAGGAAUAAAAAGUCAAAUCAAAGAUAAAAGCUUUUAAUAAAAUUAAAAUAUGUAUUAUUUUUAUAACUAUAAAAAUAAUAUCAUUUAAAAUAAUUAUAUAUUGUAAAUGUAAUAAAUACAAGGAAUUUAUUUUAUACAUGUAAGAAUAUAGUGUACACAUAUAUACAAUUAUUCUAUUAUUAGUACAUUUUGUACAUUCAACAGAUUUUAUUUUAUAUUUAUUACUGAACAUUAAUGGUAAAGUUUACUACGUAUACAAAAAAUAAACAAAUUAAUUAUAUAUUAGUAUAUUUGAUUUUUUAAACUGGAUCAAAUUGACAAAUAAAAUCAAAAGUUUUACAGAAAAAUUAUGUAUCUUUUAAAAAGUGCAUAUAUAGAGGAUCUAGAUUUUUAUAAUUUAUUACAUUUGAUUUUAAAACUCUUUAUACAUACUUGUACACUGCAAUAUUUAUCAUUAAUAUUAAUAGAUAUUUUCAGUUAAAAAUAAGUACUGUAUACAUUGUUGUUAAAAAUGUAACUGAUAAAUAUCAUGUAUUUUGAUAAUAAAAUGUUAGUACUCUUUUAUCUAAAAAAAUGGAUUUGUAUUAUUAGCACCAUUGUAUUACAAACAAACUUGCUGAAAUAUUCAGAGAUUAUACAUAAGUAGUAAAAACAAUAAAUAUAAAACAAAUAUAGUAUUGCUGUUAAUUUCACAUAUACAUCUUCCACAAAAAAUAUCUUACAUUCAUUCUAUAUUAACAAAUGUAAGUUUUAUAGAAAUAUUGUUUUAUCUAGAAUUACAGGCUUCUAAAAAAUUAAUAA